AGAGAUAUCGAAACACAGCAUUUCAAUUCUGAAUUUUAGCAGAUGCUUUCAAUGUUCUUAAUCCCUGAAUGAUUAAAGUGGUUUUAGAAAAAUGAGAGCUAUGCUUUUGAUAUACCUACUUUAUGUAUUUAUGAGAGUUUUGGACAUGCGACUUUUCCUGAAAAUGACGAGACGAAGAAAACGACCCUUUUGCCAAGCACGACCUCUGGGAAGCAAUUAAAAAUUAUACGGGAUAUAAUGAAUCAAGAAAAUUUAGCGCGAUUCUCAAUGAUACGGAAAAUUAAAACCUUGGUGAUGGAUGCAAUUGAUAGCAAAAACUUUAGCCAGACCCUUGAGGAAAGGCUUAAUGAUGUCUUGAAGGAAUUAGGUGACUUGAAAAUGAAUGACGACAUAUUAUAUAAAGAGAAUACAAAGCUCAAAGAUGAAAUAAAGGAUCUUUAUUUGAUACUCAAUAAUUAAACAACCAUCGAAGGUUCAGACGUUCAGAGUCUUAAUGAUUCGGAAAUUUUAUAUCUGAAGAGGAAAACUUUAUUUGUGGAAAAUCAAAUUCAAACGCUAUCAUUACAGAAUUUGGAUAUAAAUAAACAGUUAGUAUUUUUGAUGAAGAGAGAUCUGAAUUCUCUUAAAAACGAAACAACCGGUCUAAAUGAGAAAUAUGACAAAAUGCUGCAAGAGAACUUUGCUUUUCGAAAUCAAAGUAUAAUGAAUGGAAGAAAAUCUACCCAUUUAAUCGAGCGUCUUUUGUCGAUGGAAAACGGUUUGCGAACUCUUUUGGAAUCUUUUUAAAAAACAAUGGGAAAUUACCAUCAAAAGGCAACAGAUGUUAAAGCGAAGGAUUUCCGUGCCACGUAUUGUGAAAAGGAUUGGGUCCAGUUUGAGGAAAACUGCUACCUUUUCUUAAGGACGGAAUACUAUUUUAAAGAUGCGGUGGAUUAUUGUAACAGAGCUGCAGCUGGUGCUCACCUCCUUGAAAUUAAAUCUUCACGUGUAGAAAAUUGGAUUAAUCUGCAGCUUACGAUACGAGGUUUUCAAUAUGCCUGGAUUGGAUUGACAGAUAUACUCAGUGAAGGCAGAUUUGUCUUUAUCUCGACUGGAAGUAAACCAACAUACACGAAUUGGCACAAGAACGAACCUAACAAUGCAGGGAAGGUAGAACAUUGUGUUGAGAAGUAUAGGACAGGAUUGAAAUGGAACGAUAGACCCUGUGACGUAAAACGUCCCUUUGUUUGUGAACUGAGUCUUUAAAAACUUUACCAUCUACCCUUAUCAAUACGUUUUCUAUUGAGGUGUGUUCUAUACGCAAAAGGACAAAUGCGAAUCAUCAAAAUUCAUAGCAUAAGUAGCAUAUUAAACAUGCUAAACUGUACA